CCUCACCUCAAAUGAUUUUGUCCUAUGCUCGUUCGCUUACGAUCUGAAAUCUGACACCUGACGAUUGAUGAGCUCCAGAAUCGAAGCCAGUGCCCCUCCUGUGCGACCCGUCUAUCUUCCUUGAAUAUUCACGCUGUCCUGUUGAUUCUAUCCUGUCUACGCGGCAUCAGCGCCUCGGCAUCAGCUACCGCCGGCAAACAUGUCGCAAGUCUCCUCACCGCGCGUCGCUGUCCUCCAUGCCGCGACGCUCUCCCUCGUUCAGGAACGAAGCCGGUCCAUCUCCCUUGGUCUACCUGCGUCGACAUCGACCAACAAGCUGAUUGAGAAAAAUAUCAAAACACUCACGAGUAGCGCAACCGAACUGACGGCGGAUUUAGAAGAAAAGAAUCGGCUGGCAAAAGCAGGUCGCAUUGGCCUUGAGGAGGUCAGAGAGGCAGAGGAUGCAGUGACGGAGCUUAAGACAAACUUGGAGAACCUGCUCCACUUGCUUGGGACAGAUGAAUGGGCUACAGAGGUUCGAUCAAGGACGAAUGAAUCAUGUCUGCUUCUUGCACCAUCGCAACCCACUUCGUCGGUGCCAGAGCAUAGCCUGGCCGAAGCGUCAACAAGCAGGUCAACGUAUCCAGUGCAAUACCACGACGACGUGGAAGAAGAUACAGAUGUCAACAUACGCUUACUUCGAAGCCAAAAGGAUCAGAUGCAAGAUCAGGAUGCUCAACUUGACAAGCUCGGUGCAAGCAUCGCGCGCCAACAUCACCUCAGCUUACAAAUGAACGAGGAACUAGAGUCACAGGGUGAGCUGCUGAACGAACUGGACGACGGUGUGGGCCAAACGACUCUACGACUGGGUCGAGCUAGCAAUCAAACGGACCGCUUUCGGCGAGCUGCUCGUGACCAUGCAUCAAGCUGUACCAUCAUCGGUCUGAUCAUGAUUCUGGUAACGCUGAUCGCGAUCUUUAAAUGAGACCUGACCUUCUUUAUAUGGGUCACAAGCCGCCAAAGCUUCAGACAAACAUGUCCCUUUCUCUAGGUGACUCUACAAUACAGGGUUCACAAGUGCGAAGCUUGUACGAUUAUUCGAAACGAGAGAAAACAGGUGCUGAGUAUCAUCUGAGAGGGUAUCGGUCUCUACUGCAAUCAAGCUUUGUUGUAUAAUAAGAAGUCGAAUAAGGGAAAUCAACGAGGGAUUGCCUCUGGU